AUGUCUCUCCCAAAGGUGCUCGCGCAGAUCCUCUUUGUAGGAACACAGAUUGUGGGCAAGGCCCUGGUCGAGGCGGGACGGCAGGCGGGACGCAACGCACGGGCAGGACGGGUCGAGGCGGCGGCGGCGGCGGGCGGCGCCUCGGGGACGGGGACGGGCUCGCCCUCUGAUGCGCUCACGCGGUCGCACCGCAUGACGCUCGACGAGGCCAAGAUGAUCCUCAACCUCAAGCAGGACGUCUCGUACGCCACGUUAGUCUCGGGCGCCGCCAAGGCGGGCGCCAACGACGAGGCCAAGUCGCUCCUCGACCAGGUGCGCGAAAACAUGGUCAAGAACUACGACCACCUCUUCAAGACCAACGCGCCACCCGCGCCCAAGGGCAAGGAGGGCGGCGGACAGGGCAGCUUCUACAUCCAGUCCAAGAUUGUCCGCGCAAGAGAGAGGAUCGAGGCCGAGUGGAGCCUGGGAGAGCAAAAGGGCGCACCCGAGGGCGAGGCCAAGCCCGACUCGUCGGCGAGCGCCGAGCAGCCCGAGCAGCCAAAGCAGUAG